CUGGUCAACUGGUCUAUUACGGCCUAUAAGCCUGGAUGUCCAAGAGUUGUAUGCGGAUGGGUUAACUGGGUAACCCACGUGCAAGCAGGUGGUUGUCCAGGGCUGUUCAGCAGAUCUGACGCUACGUAAGACACCUACAGAUCAUGUAAACAGUUGGCAAGAUUCUGUGUUUGUCCAAUGACUGUGUAAGACUGUUCAACUGGCUUUACUCAACGUAACAUGGUACAAGCCUGGUAACAGGGAGACUCGGUAGCUACCCAAGGACCUUAUGAAGAUUGGUCAACUGGUUUUGCAAGAAGUGUCGCAUCUCUAAGCCUUCUAAGCAGCAUCCUGUGGUUUCCCAAGGAAUGUAUGGAGACUGUUCAACUGGCUUUAAUUUAAACCUGCAAGCCUGGAAAACCAGUAACGACAUCCUACAGUACUUGAAGGACUCUGAAGCGUAAAACCGCGUUUUGGUAUACAAUGCUAGCCUAGAAGGCACGCAAGAACAGCUCUAUAACAUCGAGUAACCCCUAGUCAUUCGGUGCAACCAGGCGUAACAGCUUUAGUUCACUGUUGUGUUGGGGAAUUUUUCUGGUACAAUGAAGCUGUAAGUACCCUACACAGCGUCAGCCUUCUCUGUAAAGAUCAGUGCAAAAGAGCAGCCCUUCGUUGUGCUAUACUGGUUGUAGAUCACUAUAAAAAUAUAACGUGUUCCAGCCUACAGUAAAAGUAUGCAGAGGAGAGUAGUAGUCCGUUUCGCGUUGGCUCUGGCCGUGGUGCUGACUGUAGGGCUGUUCGAAAUCUCCAUCGUACAGGAUACAGAAGACAACAAGGAGACACUGGACAUGGCAAGGUCAGUGCCGCAUGAAGAAAGGUUUGACAAAGCGUCCAGUUCCCGCCAACCCGUGAACCCUGACCUCCACAGGACCAGGCGCGCCAGCCGGAAGUGUCGUCACCGGAAACACGUCGUGCUGGCCAAGACCCACAAAACCGGAAGUUCCUCCAUUCAGAACAUCCUCUUCCGGUAUGGAGACCAUUAUAACUUGACCUUCGUUUUGCCGAAAUCGGGCCACUAUUUAUCAUAUCCUUCGCCGUUUAACCGAAAAUCCGUCCUGCAAGAACAAAAUUCGGCCGCAAAACCGAUGGAAUACGACAUUCUGUGUCACCACACCAGAUUCGACCACGCCAACAUCCGGGAACUGAUGCCAAACGACACCAUCUACGUCACCGUCCUGCGUGAUCCCGUGACCAUGUUCGAAUCCACGUUCACCUAUUUCCGGCUGGACAGAACUUACAACAUCACAGGCCCCAACCCCUUUAAAACCUUCUUGGAAUCCCCGGAAAAAUUCACCAGCAAAAACAUCAAGAAGAGGGGGGUGAACCACCACGUCAGGAACCCCAUGUUCUUUGACCUUGGCUGGAACUCCGAUGACCUUCAAACAGACAAGGACGUAUGGCGGGCGAUACGUCACUUGGACAAGAUAUUCCAUUUCGUGGUAAUCGCGGAAUAUUUCCACGAAUCGAUGGUUUUGCUGAGAGACCUCCUCUGUUGGGAUACCGAUGACGUCACGACCUUCAAGGUCAACGCCCGUAGCGAGUGGUCCGUGAAUCACGUGACCAGCGACAUGGUCUCGAAGAUUCUCGCGUGGAAUCGCGCGGACGCCAUGUUGUACAAUUACUUCAACAAGACCUUGUGGAAGAAGAUCAACAACUACAGAGGACACAUCAAAGAGGACGCCGCCUUCUUAAGACUAAGAAAUAAGGAACUUGAAGACACGUGCUUGGAGGAAGACACUAAGAAAGGACAGAAGAAGGAAUAUAAAGUUUGGAAACCGCCGGGAGUGGAUAUUAAGGGUUUUUCGCUGAAGAAAGAAGCGAGUAACAACCGUAUGUGCCAAGGAAUGAUCCGACCGGAAAUCAGGUUCACGUACUACCUUCGUAAGAAGGAAAUGAAUAAACUGUGA